UCUUUGUAUUGUGUUUCAAAAAAAAAAAAAAAAAAAAAAAAAAGGAUUCUUUGUAUUGACGACGAACCAACAAUCGAGGUUGAGGCUAGACCUUGGCAUAGAGCAGCUCAUGUACGGAUCUAGAGGGGUCAUGUUUGGGAGUGGGGUGGGCUCAAAGAGACAAAGAAUGAUGCAAUCAAAUCCUCCUUAUGGCGGAUUCCCUGUGGUUCGCCUCCGUGGUCUUCCCUUCAACUGCGCUGACGUGGACAUCUUCAAGUUCUUUGCCGGCCUCGACAUUGUCGAUGUCUUGCUCGUCAGCAAAAACGGCAAAUCCUCCGGGGAGGCCUUUGUCGUCUUUGCAGGUCCAAUGCAAGUGGAGAUUGCGCUGCAGAGGGACAGGCAGAACAUGGGUAGGAGAUACGUUGAAGUUUUCCGCUGCUACAAGCAGGAUUACUACAACGCCGUCGCCGCUGAGGAGGAGGAGGGAGCAUAUGAAAACAACGAGGUGCAUGUUAGAGCAAAGAGUUGUAGCGAGAGCAAAGAGAAGCUCGAGUACACUGAGGUUUUGAAGAUGCGAGGCCUCCCGUACUCUGCCAACAAGCCUCAAAUCGUAGAGUUUUUCAGCGGGUACAAGGUUAUUGAAGGAAGGGUGCAUGUUGUGUGUCGACCUGAUGGUAAAGCCACGGGUGAGGCCUUUGUGGAGUUUGAGACAGCUGAGGAGGCGAGGAGGGCGAUGGCUAAGGACAAAAUGUCCAUUGGGCCAAGGUACGUGGAGCUUUUUCCAACUACUCGUGAAGAGGCUCGAAGAGCUGAGUCGAGGUCUAGGCAAUGAUGACUUUGUCCUUCAUUGUGAUGUAUCAUUAUAUAUAUCCUGUGGACUAAUUUUGCUUAGGUAAAACCGAAAAUGUUCAUCUGUGGAAUAAAAAGACCUUGACAUAUUGUUUUUUUCUUCUUAUAAUACCUUAUCAAAUUGGCCUUAUUAUGUUAAUGCCUGUUUUUA